CACGUGGAAGGGUAUCUCUAUUUUGAUAACCCUAAUUAUUACACAUACCUUAAUGUGGGAAUGCGUUUAAUAAGUAAACUGUUGGCAAUCAUUUUAUCGCGUAAAUGUAGCAUUGGGAAAUUAGGCACUCGACAAAGGAUGCGUUUCUGUUGGGUGCUGCGCUAUCAAUCCAUCCCUCCCACUGCACGUAGGCUGGGUUUAUUCAUUUCACGCUUUCCCCCUCUUAUCUGAUCCACAUUCUCUGCAUCCUCCCCACCCCCGAAGCGCAGCAUUUCGAAACGGCUCUACAUCACGUAAUUCAGUACUGUACACGUCUUCCAGAAAAUUACAAAAUAGAUGCGCGUAUUUGGGAAACAUACUUCGGAGUUGCGCAUGCAAACAUACUGAAGGCUGUAACGAAUAAUACAUCGCGGAAUGCAAUUGGGUUCGCUUCUGAAAAUACUAUCAUGCAAAAUCACGGGUCAUUUCGUGUAUUUUGAAGAAUCCGUUGGAUAAAAGGUGUAUCGAAGGUAAGCAGAAGCACACUCCUUUGUUAUCAACAUGGCUCUGAACACAAACAUGAACCCAGCCCCCACCAUUUGGCCAGGCGAGGAACAGCCGUCCCUAUUGGACCAAGAUGCAUCAUUGUUAAGCCCAGCUCCCAUCAUCGCUGUGACUGUCACGUCCCCACCAGAGAUGGAGGAACAAGAGAUCCAUAGCACCACCACCAGCUUUGGGCCCUGCCUGAGCCAAGCCACGGCAGGGGAACUGGUCAUUGUGAUCAAUGAGAAAAUGGAGAACAGUAACGGUAUUCACCCAGCCCCUGCUGACACCACCUCCUCAGUCAUCUCCUCACCUCCCAGAAGGCAGCAGUCCAUUUCUUACUCCCACCACCCCCACAACAGCAAGACCCGGAAGGGGAGUCGUGCCGGCUCCAUCGGCUACACCGCCUUCUCCCCACGGCCCUCCAUCUCACGCCACUCCAGCAUCGCCACCAACCCACCCAUUGACAGAGCCAAGCCUAAAGACUACCUAAUACUGGCUGUGCUGGCUUGCUUCUGCCCUGUCUGGCCAAUCAACAUUGUGGGAUUUGUCUACUCUGUUAUGUCCAAGAACAGUCUGGAGCAGGGCAACCUUGAUGGAGCGCGACGAUUGGGUCGUCUCGCCAGGAUGCUCUCUACAGUUUCACUGAUAGGAGGGACAGUCAUCAUCAUUGCCUGCAUUGUAAACCUGGCGAUAAAUGUGAAAUCCUGAGUAUCGUCUUGCCGUGAAACCGGAUCUAACAGUUGGAUAUCCGGAAACAGGACCCAUCUAGCUGACUGUUCCUUUUUACCGUCUCUUACAGUGUAGUCAUUAACUGGACAUGCUAUGAAUAUUAUACACCUGAUAUUACAUACCUUUAUAUAAUUGAUAUUACGUAAUCCUUUGUUAAUGAAAAACCGAUAUGCAAGAUGCUUCCGCUCCGAACUGCUCUGGGCUUCUCCAAUGAUGGAUCUUGCAGUGGAGAAACAGACGAUCAGAAUAAUCCCUUACUUUGUAUUCUGCCCAACACUGAACACUGUCCUUGACAAGGCGCCAUUACCUCAACCGCUGGCCAUGAUCAGAGAGACUGACCAAAAACGAGAUGUGGUGAGAAAGGUUGACAACAACAGAAGACAUUGUUUAAAGGAGGUAUGAUCCAUGUGAGAGAAACUGGGAGGAUUGUUUCAGAGCUUGAUUACCUACAAUCAUUGGAGGACAACAAAAUGUCUGCUUAGUCCAUCCUUCCUUGCCCUGACGAAAGGACACAUCAGAAAUUCAGCUUGGCGUAAAAUCCCAUCGGUACAUGAAGGUGCUUGAGGGAUUUGCCAUGCAAUAGAAACUCAAAGAAGAAAUUAAUUUCAGAGGAAGAAUUCCCCUUUCAUUUCUGAAUAGGCUUAGAUUCUAGGUUCAGUCAGUGCAUAUCCGUCCUGUCUUUCAGGCUACUGUUAGCCAUUUUGUCAUUUAAGUGCGAGGGCAGGCGGGAACGACGCUCACCAACACACAACUGCUGAGAAGAUGCAAGGGAUCAACAUUUCUUGGGCACGAAGCAAAGUCAAAGUAAAGGACACAAUUUUGCCAAAAAAAUAAAGUUGUCAUUGUGCUUUAAAGCUUUUGGUGACCGCAAUAUAUAUCUCCAUGUGUUUGGCUUAGGACCUGGAAAUAAUGUGAAAUGGAUUCAAAAUGGGUGGCAGGAGGAACACAAAAUGAUAUGUAAUUCAGUGACUUUAUAUCAAUUUUCCACACUGAGGAUGGGCCUUUAGACUGUUAAUGAAUGAGAACAUUGCUGACCAGAAAAGUGGAAAAACCUCAAAACAAAUCAUAGCAGGUUAUUUACAGCGUCCAUGAAUUGUUAAAAGUUCUGCCACCGUGAAUGGGUGAAACUUUACUUCUUGUACCUUUUUGAUAAUGUUUUAGAUUUUAAACCACAAGUUUCAUCAUCUGAUGCUUUUGAAGUACAGAGCUAUCCAUGAUAGAUGGCCGUGGUGUGUGUGUCCGUUCAUAUGCAUAUACCAAAUUACAUAGUCACUGCACUGUUGUGGCUGGUCACAAUAAAUUGAAUUGCCAGUCUUCACUUUGGUGAUACUGGAAAUACGAUAAGAGCCCUGGGUAUCGAGUGUAUGGUGACCCAGAGAAUAUAAUCUGUAAUCUUUCCGAUUUAAUCAAGUGGGUAUCUGAUCCCCAUGAUGAGUAUCUAGUGGUGGACUUUUAAAGGGAAGGUUCAGUUCACUUGACAUUUUCAUUGGUUUAUUCACUUAAUUGUGUUGUCGAUUGAUCCAGGCAUUUAUGUGUAGGGUUCAGAUUUGUUUAAAUCGCCACAGCUAACUAGAAAACAAUUCCCAUUGAUGGGAAAAGAUGGUGUGGCCAAGUCUACAUGAGAUUAUUACGGAUAAGCAAGAAUAUUUUAUUUUUCUAACGGCAGUCAAGCAUCGAUCAUCAUGCCGUCUGAAUAAGACCCUCUAUUUAUUGGGAAGGAGUGUCAUCACCGAGUCUCAUCACCGUGAACGUUCACCACCCUGUUAAAUUCAUCAUAAUUUAUUUAAUCUAUAGCCUAAUAAACUGCAUGGUUUCCCCGAGUUGUAGUGGGAGGACCACACAUAACCAUGAUGGUUAUUAUAUCAAUAUUUGCGCCUAGUGUUAACACCGCAUAUUUAAUUUUACCAACACAAAAAUAUCCCACCACGUCGAACGAAAAAAUUCUGUCUGUGUUUAUCAAAUUGGACCGACACGUCAUGUUUCCGUCACAGCUGAAGUGAUUUUUAUAUCGAUACACAGUAUGACUUUACUCACAUAACUGUGGAUGGUAACGUGUUUGAAGUUCCUUGAAGUGAUUUUUCCACAAAAUUCGAACAUGCAAAUUAUGCCCCUGUUACUCCUAUAGUGUUUUCCUUAGCGGUGGCUAAAAUAAAAUGUUUUACCCCGCAUUUAAAAUGUUGACUCAAUUUUCAAUCAUCAAAGCCUCAAUUAAGUGAAUAAAUUGAUGGAUAAAAAAAAAAUGUUUUUUACAAUGUAUCUACCCUAGAAUCCAAGCAAAAUGUCUGGUUAGCAUCUACCUUUCAUUCCCACAACUUCUGUUGCCCAACACUUUAAAUGGGUAAUUAUUUAAAAUUGGAACUUUAAGUUAAAGGUAGAUGAAAUGACAUUGCCAUGAACAGCAUCGCAAAUAUUGAUGAGCGAGAUGCAAGGCGGUCACACGGUCACACACAGUAUAUGCACAUGUGCACGGAAGAGAAUUUGAGCCUCACACUUCAACGCUCUUAAUUGUUGCAGAAAUUGACCCACUACGCUGUUUACUUAAUGCAUCUGUCAUGCCUCUGAGACCACCUUUAAUUUAGAUACUACUAUGCCUUGACCUCAAAGUCCAUCAACAGCAAUUCCUACCCUAAUGCAAAUUUUCUGUAUGAUUUAAUAUAUUAGGCAUUUUUCCCCUCUGUUAGUGUUUAGAUGUUAAAAUUAAUUGUAAUCAAGAGUUGAUAUUAUUCUGCAGAUAAGGUAACGUAUAUAUUGUGGCGUCUUCAUAGUUAUGAGUUAACAUUAUAGCUCUUAUAAUGUGGACAGGAGAGGUAGUCUGCUAGUCUUUGUUAGUCUUUAUUAGUCUUUGUAUUACCAUUGGCUACUAUAAUCUAUGUGGAUAUUGGCAUGUUGUUGAUUUUCAUUGAUGUAUGACAAUUUUAUAGAAGUACAACCAAAAUCACAUGGAUAAGAAAACCUGGCACUAGAGAUACUUGUAUCCUUCCAAGGCACAUUCUUAAUAAAGACACGUUGCAUGAAAA